UGUUGACAUGUUGGUAAAAACAUGGCGAAGGUGGAAGAGAAGCCAAAUGAUUUCUUUGAGCAGUUAGAACGUGUAUUUCCAAUAAUUAAAGGAAAGGUUCAAGAGGUGUGCACAGAAGAGGAAUUUGCGAAUUUAGUGGAGAUCAUACAAUUUGUCAAGACAACGGAAUAUAUUAUAGAGAUUGUGAUUCAUAACAUAGAACAAUAUAUCCGUUGUCAUGUGGCACCAACAUUCUGGAAGAAGUUUGAGUAUACGAAAGAUAGCCAACAGGGUUUUGAAUUGUUCAAAUCUGCUGUUGAUGGUCUGUACACCAGUCUGACAGAGUUUCUGCCAAUUCUAAAAAAGCUAGAAUUUUUAAGACAGAAUAAAGGUGAAACACCAAGUGUCGAGAACAAUAUAGAUAUAGAGGCACAAUUCAAGCUUAUCGUAAGAGCAACAUUAUUGAGCCAAUUACCUCUGUAUCAUGAAUGUAUCGUAGAACACUUUUAUAAAAUUGCAUUUAAUGUAUUUUGCAAUUCGGAUAACACGUCACAAGUAGAUAUAUCAAUCAGCGAGAUCCAGUGUACAGGAUGUGGCCAGGAAAUGGAGAAUUGCCGAUGCCAGAUGAUAGUUUAUAUGUUUCACGAAACAAACAGAAAAUUAAUCGAGUUGGAGUUAUUGGAGAGGCUUGUGGGAAAUGUACUCACAUCACUAAUUCAUAUUCGUAUCAAGAAUCAUGUAAUUCAAACAUGUGAUAAGACGUUCGAUGUGUCGCAAUUAAUCUUGUUAGAAAAUUGGCUUGAGACUGUCGUCAUGAAUUGGUUGAUAAGAGUUUACUCUGGUGGUUUCUCGAAAACGGUAGCACUUAGCGAUAAUGUUCAUAACGCCAUAAACAAGUUCAAACAGAAACUAUCUCAUUUUUUGUAUGAAACGUACACUAACAUAAGAAUUGAUCAUCUCUUUAACAUAAUAAUAGAAUAUCCCGAGUCGCAGCCUGCGGUGGAUGAUCUCCGAAUUUGUUUAGAAAGAACCGAUAAACGGAUGGUUCUGGUUAAUAAUCUACAGGAAGCGAUCAAAACACGGCUCUUACAUGCUGGUGUGAACACUCCAGAUAUAGUGACCGCUUAUAUUGCUGCGAUCAAAGCGCUUAAGCAUCUCGAUCCAACCGGGGUUCUUCUAGAAGCCGUAACAGAACCUAUCAAGUGCUACUUGAGGAGCAGAGAAGACACCGUACGUUCGGUUGUUAAUAGUUUGCUUGAUGAUUCACCCAGUGAGUUAGCCGACGAAUUGGUGAAAGGCGAAUGCUUGCAGCUGGAUGAUGGUUCGGCGGACGAUGAGACUGAAGAUUGGGAAAAAUGGAUGCCGGAUCCAGUCGAUGCUGAUCCCGCUAAAUCGACACAGCGUAAAGUGUCCGAUAUCAUCUCUACGUUGGUGAACGUUUACGGCAGCCAGGAUUUAUUCGUCAACGAGUAUCGUACAUUACUGGCGGAUAGACUGCUCUCUCAACUCAACUAUCAUACUGAACGCGAAAUACGUCACUUAGAGUUGUUGAAGAGGCGAUUUGGGGAGAAUCAAUUACAUUACUGCGAAGUUAUGUUGAAGGAUGUUUAUGAUUCGAAAAGGAUAGAUGGUAACAUUCACUCCGAUACCAGUUACAAUUUGCAGAGGGAACUCUUUCCUACCUCCGCACUGAUACUAUCGGCGCAAUUCUGGCCGCCGUUCAAGGAAGACUGGAAAUUGAAACUGCCAAGCAUCGUGCAGAAUCAACUGAAUAAAUAUGUAAAGGCGUUUGAGGCCUUGAAGGGAAACAGGACGGUCUGCUGGAAGCCUCACUUAGGAAACGUGAGCCUGGAAAUCGAAUUGAAGGACAGAAAGCUAGAUAUAAACGUCACACCGGUGCACGCAACGAUUAUCUUGCACUUUCAGGAUAAAAAUGAGUGGACUUUGCAAGAUCUGGCGGAAGUAAUGCACGCACCGGCGACUGUUCUUCGACGCAAAAUGGCAUUUUGGGUGUCGCAAGGCCUUCUAAAGGAGACUUCUAGCGAUGUGUUCGUUUUGCAAGAGGAAAGUACGUCGAAAAACCGUUUGUCGACGGAUAUCGUCGAGGAGGAGGAGACUGAGAGUGCAAUGGCUUCAGCCAGCGAUCAGAGAGAGGAGGAGUUGCAAGUGUUCUGGUCGUACAUCGUUGGAAUGUUGACAAAUCUAGAUUCAUUGCCAAUAGAGAGGAUUCAUCAAAUGUUAAAAAUGUUUGCGUCGCAAGGACCAGGUGCUGUCGAAUGCGGCUUACCAGAAUUGAGGCAGUUUCUGGAUAGAAAAGUCAGGGAACAUCAACUAUUACUCUCCGGUAGUUUCUACCGAUUACCAAAGUCAUAA